AUGGCGAGUUUCGCGAGGCCUUAUCUCUUUUUAGAGCCAUGCUUGAGCAAGGCAAGCCUGGGCCUGAUGGGUUCACUUUUACAGCUGCUUCGAGUGUGUGUGCUGGGCUUGAGGACCAGAAUUUGGGUUUCAAAUGCUUUGAUAUCUCUCUAUGUAAAAUGCGGGGAGUUGGGUUUGACUUCUAAGGUGUUUAAUGAAUUGCUGAAGAGAGAUGAGUUUACAUGGACUACAAUGAUUACUGGAUUUGUUAGGGUUGGGGACCUUGAGAGCGCUCGUAAAGUGUUUGAAGUGAUGAGGGAGAGAUUUGAUGUGGCAUGGAAUGCAAUGAUUGCAGGGUAUUCACAACAUGGAUUGUAUAUGGAGGCCCUCGAUUUGUUUCGAGAUAUGUAUGGUAAAGGCAUAAUGCUCGAUGAGUUUACAUAUACAAGCUUGCUUAGUGCAUGUGCAAAUAUAGGACUUGUGCGAACGGGCAUGGAGGCACAUGCUUACAUCGUACACAGAGAGGCAGAGAUAUCGUUGCCAGUGUGGAACGCGAUCGUGUCCUUGUACGCAAAAUGUGGGAGAAUGGAGGUAGCAACAAGAGUUUUCGAUGCAAUGAGAGAGAAAGAUUUGGUCUCAUGGAAUGCAAUGGUAUUUGGGUACGCAACCUUAGGCAUGAUCACAGAGGCUCGAGAGAUUUUUGAGAAAAUGGUUGAAAGGAAUGAGCGUACUUGGACUGUGAUGAUAACUGGGUCAGCUCAACAUGGCCAAGGUGAGGAGGGCCUGAGGCUUUUUAAUAGAAUGAGGCACGAGGACUCUAAGCCUUGUGAUUUUGCAUUUGCCAGGGCCCUUACAGCUUGUGCAUCACUAGGGACUUUACGUCAUGGUGCACAACUUCAUACCCAACUGCAUACCCAACUGAUACAAUUGGGACUCGACUCUAGUGUAUCAGUAGGCAAUGCACUUGUGACCAUGUAUGCAAGGUGUGGUGCAGUGGAAGCAGCUGAGAGAGCCUUUCGAUUCAUGCCUACACCUGAUGCGGUGUCUUGGAAUGCAAUGAUUGCGGCCCUAGGACAACAUGGUCAGGGCUUCGAGGCCAUAAUGUUAUUUGAGCGCAUGCUCGUGGCAGGGUACAAGCCUGACAGGGUUACGUUCCUCACAGUGCUAUCGUCGUGUAGCCGCACUGGUCUAGUAAAUGAGGGCUGCAAAUAUUUUGACCUCAUGGACAAAGCCUAUGGCAUUAAGCCUGGUCCUGACCAUUUCGCUCGCUUGGUCGAUCUAUUAGGACGGGCGGGCCGCCUCCAAGAGGCGAAACACACAGUUGAAACCAUUCCAUUUUACCUUGAUGCUUGUGUUUGGGAGGCAUUGCUAGCUGGGUGCAGAAACCAUGGGGACAUGGAGCUCGGAUUGAUGGCGGCUGAGCGCCUCUUCAAAUUGAGGCCUCGACAUAACGGCACUUAUGUGUUUCUUUUGAACAUGUACGCAUCAAUAGGGAAAUGGGAAGGAGUGGCAAAGGUGAGGAACGCCAUGAAAGACAUGGGGGUGAAGAAGGAGCUAGGAUGUAGUUGGAUAGAGGUUGAUAACCAAGUUCAUGUGUUCUUGGUUGAUGAUACGGUGCACCCUUGUGUGCAAGAGGUGUAUGCAUUACUAGAGAAGCUAGGUGCGAGUAUGAGUAAGCUCGGUUACGUUCCAGAUACCCGGUUUGUAUUACAUGAUGUGGGGUUGGAGCAAAAAGAAUAUGGCUUGUCGACACAUAGUGAGAAACUGGCAGUGGAUUUCGGGUUGUUGAAGUUGCCGCCGGGUUCAGAGAUUAGGGUUUUGAAGAAGUUGAUGAUAUGUGGGGAUUGCCACACUGCAAUGAAGUUCAUGUCUAAGGUUGUGGAGAGGGAGAUCAUUGUGAGGGAUGGAAAGAGGUUCCACCAUUUUAAGUAUGGUGAGUGCUCUUGCAGAGACUAUUGGUGAGUGGACAUGGGAUACAGAUGGAUGCUGUUGGUCUUUGUUCAUUCUUUUGGUGUUUCCAGCCCCUUGUUUAGUGUAUGAGAGGUUCAUUCGUAACCCACCAAUUGUGGGAUUUUAUAAACUCACAUUAGUGCCUGAAAUUUACCCCAAAUUAACUUUCUAGACAUCCUACCCCCAAUACUCUAUAUAUCAUACCCUACACCCCAACACUGUUUUUUUUUUAUAUUUUAUUUACCCCCAAUCAAGAAGUCAAAAACAUUUUGCUAAAAAUGUGCUUUUCCUCUCUGUACUCAACUUCUCUCUCAAUCCUCCUCUCUC